UUGAGAUCAGGUUGGAUUUUUGAUAGACCAGAUAUUUAGCUCCGCCCCUCCGCUACAUGCCUGCUACUUGAAGAGGAAGUCUCUCAGUCUUUCCCAGACACAGUGAAGGCGAGGCAGCGAGAUGGCACCCAGUUGCAACGUACAAAGUUUCCUAAAACGAGGGCUUUCCCCCCGACUGCUGGCUCUGGUUUGCACUGUGGCUUUCGCCUUUUCUGUCACAGAAAGUGCUGAUCCCCUUCACAUCAGAGCUGAAGCUGGCGGGAAUGUGACCUUUCGCUGCCCCGCCGACGAGAAAAGGAGACCAGCAUUUUUCUACUUUCAAAUUGGCCACAUAUUCGUGAACGGGUACUAUGCAUCAAAAAAUAUAAACACGUCAUGGGAGAACACAAGAGUGGAACCCAAUCGGACACAUGUGCACAUGUACAGGCUGAAUAUCUCGCAUAGUGGGGACUAUCUAUGCAUCAUCCAGUACAACGGCAGCAACACUAUCACUGAAGUACCCAUAAAACUCACUGUCACAGCGCCCUACAGCAAACCUGCAGUGACGACAUCCUGCUCUGAGGAAAACCUCGGCCUCAGUUGUUUCGUAACGUGUGCCUCACAUGGCGGGUAUCCAGUCAGCAAGAUGACGUGGAACAUACCCGUGUCCAGAAAUGCCAGCAGUCAGAUGUGGAGAGUUGUGAACAGCAGUGAAGUGCCCAGUCCAAGCACCAUGAUGUUCAACAGCUCCAGCACCGCUUACUUCAACUGCUCCGACGGAAUGCUGGAGUAUGUCAGCUGCUCGGUGGGCAACGUCAUGUCGAACCUUUUCUCCGUCUGUGCACCCAAAGUUAAACCUAAAUCUUUCACUCCCGUGAUAAUAACAGCUGCCUGUGCGCUGGUUGUCGUCGUCUUGAUUAUCGUGGGAUUGCUACUCCGUCGCUGCAAGAAAAGAAACACAGGAGAUGCAGCAAACGAAAGGAGGGAGUGGAGAGUAAAUGGAAGUGAGGAGGAGGGAGUAGUCCUCAAAGAAAACAAAGGAGGGGAGGAGGCUGCUUGAGAGAUGAACCGGUGAAGAAGUCCUAUCUCUAAUCGGUGCAGAGGAAUUAUCUAUUCUAGAAUCUAAAGCUAAAACUGUGUCACUCAAAUGUAGUUUACAUUUACAUUUGCGACUGACUGGCUACGCACCAGCAAGGGAUGGCCAGUGGCCACGAGAGUGGGUGACUGACCAGGGACCUGGACCAGGGAUGUCAACAUUUCAGUGACUUCUUGUGUUUGAGGAAGUAUUCAUCAUCACCGUGUCCUUUUACUAGUGCGUCAUUCAACUGUGAAUAGCUUAGUUCCCUAUUCAAUGACUUUUCUAAUGGUUUGUGGUUUGGAUUGUUGUGAACCGUCUCUGAAGGAUACACACUUCCCAACAAUGUGGGCGGCAGAGUCGACCCACUGAGACGUUACCCAUUGGUCUGUGAACUGCCGUUCUGAAGCCUCGAGAGUUUAACAUUUUGCCGAGCGCCAUCUUGAGUUGUGUCACAUAGUAACCAUAUUUGGAGGAGCAGGGGGUUGGGCCGGACUGAGAGGUCGUCCACUGCACGUCCACCUUCACCUGCGACCUGCACCUAUUGGAUGGUACUGGUUGUCAAUCACACGCUUCCCACGCCCAAAAUGCAUCCAUCAUGCUGUAUUAAAGAAGACUUGAAACUAGCGAUUGAGACCACAAACUCCUCAGGCAAAUGUUUAGUGACGUUAUAAGUCAAGUGAGUCAUUUUUUUCAUUGACGUUCUAUAGAAACUGACUUAUUUUUGCAACCAGUGGAACUACCCGUGACCCAAAGUGGUAGACGAUGGAUGGAACUGCCCUCUGCUGGUCAUUUGAGAGAAUACAGUUUUUAGCUAUUUUUGAGUCUAUGUUCAUUUUUAAAGUAUCCACAGUUUUAUCUUUCCAUUUUGUUUUAUCAUUUUCAAAUACAAUACAUUAUUGUUGUUGCACUUUAAAGUUCCUUCAUUUUACAUGUCCGAAUAUUCUGUUGUCCAUGUGGGUUUGCCUUUUUUAAUUUAAUAUUCACAGUAGAACAUGUAAUGCUAUCCUUUCUAGCUCCUUUUUUUAUAUUAGUUCCCUAAUUUGUUUCCAGGGUUUUUACUCUUAAAGUAGCUUUGUCCAUCAGAAAUUAUCUGUAGCAGAACCUGGGGAACAGGUGAAUACUGAGAAUGUCAGAAAACUCUUUGCACAUUAAUUUAUUUUCGGCACUAUGAUAUCUCAGUUUUUAAGUUUUCUGUGGUGCAGUCAAUUCCAGUAUUCCAGAAUUCCUACUUAAAGUAUGAAACUGAACCAAAAAAGGGAAAUGGGUUUUUCUUUUAUAAUUUAUGUUACCUCGUUACUACUAUUACAGUCUUCUUCCCAACUGCUUGCUAUCUUUCUCAGGUGAUGUUCUCAUUUGAAAAAAGAUAUAUAUUUAUUUCAUUUGAAGUUUUCCUUCCUAAAUACUGUGUCAAGCGAUAUAUACUAUAUUUGCCCUGUUUACAAUGUUCUGGGUAAGGAGAUUCGUGUUCCUCCUCCUUCCUCAGAAUGACCAAAUAAUCUCAAAGGGCUGCUUUCGUUUCCUGAAUCUGAACAAAACAUGUUUCUCUGAUGGAAGUUGUAACUUUUUCUUAAAUAAAUAAUAAAACGGUG